ACAAAGCGAAGCGUGUCAUUUCUUCCCGGGUGUGGAUGAUCGCAGACUGAACCAACGCCUUGCCACCAAAGAAGUUAGAUCUACGAGUCGAGCCAGAGCAGCAAAGCCAUAAAAAUUGGAUUUUUCCACAUGCUGAUCUGUUGUUUUUAAUUGUGAGGCUUCAACUGUGCUGCAGAAAAGUUGCCUCCAGAAAAACCAAACACUGCCACGCUGCAACUCAAACUUGGAUUUCUUUGUGCAAGACAAUGGAUAGCCAGAAAAUCAGGGACUAUGACAUCAUCACCUCUUUCCUUGGAUCCUGGGGGCCCUUUCAGAGGAAGAUUUUUUUAGCACUUGCCAUUAGUAUUAUUCCAAAUGGAUUCGUCGGUGUCUACAUCGUCUUUGUUGGUGACACCCCACCUCAUGAAUGCCGCGUCCCUGAGAACGUGAGCCUCAGCGAGACGUGGAGGAAUGUGACCAUUCCACUGGAAACAGCCGAUGGUGUCACAAAGCGCAGCUCUUGCUGGAGGCUUAACCUGGAAACGGUCAGGAACUACUCUCAGCAGAACUUGAUCCCGAAUGUGGACGUGAACGUGAGUGAAAUUCCCUGGGAGAACUGUCUGGAUGGAUGGACAUACAGCAAGGAAGUCUACCAGUCAACUAUUGCUACAGAGUGGAACUUGGUAUGUGAGAAUCGGUACAAAAACCCACUGACUACCUCUGUUCAUUACACUGGAGUGCUGUUAGGAGUUCUGUUCUCAGGCCAACUGUCUGACAGAUUUGGAAGGAAGCCCAUCCUUUUUGUAACGAUGGCUGUUCAAACCGUGGGGCUGACAGCGCAGAUCUUCUCUCCGAGCUGGGAGGCCUUUCUGCUGAUUUUCUUUAUUGUUGGUGCUGGGGGAUACUCCAACUAUGUCAUUGCAUUUGUUUUGGGAGCCGAAGUUCUAAGCCCUAAAACCAGAGUGGUUUUCAGCUCACUUGGAGUAUUUAUGAGCUCGGCUUUGGGCUACAUGGCAAUGCCCGCGGUAGCCUUCUUUCUCCGUGAAUGGCGGAUGCUGCUGAUUCCCAUGGCUGCCUCUGGUUUGAUCUACGUCCCUUUGUGGUGGUGGAUCCCAGAGUCUCCUCGCUGGCUGCUGUCUCAAGGGAGAGUGGCUGAAGCUGAAGCCAUCCUUAAAGACGCAGCAAAGCUGAAUAAAGUAGAAGCUCCAGAAGACAUUUUUACACAGCAGGAGGUUGAAACAGUUUUAAAGAUGCAAGACAAUAAAUUCAACAUUUUGGUCCUUCUGAAAAGCUGCAACACGUUUACCACAACAUUGCUUUGUUCAAGUCUGUGGAUGAUCGUCGCUAUGAACUACUAUGCUUUAUCCCUCAACACCUCAAACCUCCACGGCGACCCUUACCUGAACUGCUUCCUGUCUGCUGCCACAGAGGUCCCAGCGUACAUCAUCGUACUCUUGCUGCUCCGCUACUCCUCCAGACGCCUCUGUCAGUCUGCGAUGCUCUUCCUUGGAGGCCUCAUGAUCAUUUGCGUAAACCUUAUUCCGAUAGAUCUGCCCGGCAUGGCAGUGCUACUCGAGAUGGUAGGAAAAUUUGGCUUCACUUCAGCCUUCUGCAUCUUGUACUCCUUUACCACGGAGCUCUUCCCGACCGUGAUCAGGAAUACAGCCAUGGGGUGUUGCUCCACAGCCGCACGGAUCGGUACCAUCAUCUCCCCCUUUAUCAUUUAUCUGGGGCUAUACCUCAGGGCCCUUCCGUACAUAGUGAUGGGUGUUAUGGCCAUUUCUGCUUCUGCGUUCUGCUUCAUGCUCCCAGAAACCCACGGGAAGGCUCUGCCAGAGACUCUAUCAGACAUGCAGCAGGUAUCUGGAAAUUGUGGAAAAAAGGAAGAGGAGGCAGAAAAUGAAGAGCGCUCGCAUAGUUAGUUGGGGUAUACGAUUUUGUUAGGGGUAUAGUAAGUCUGCUCCCUUGGAAAGGAAUUUGUAGUAUUUCUUGGGCUUCUCCUAAAUACUGACUGAAUUUAACUGAUUAAAAUUUUUAUCAGGUAUUAUUUUUGGAUUUCUGGUGUCUGGAGAGGAAUAAUAUUAAUAAACUCCUAAAAAAGUCUAA